UUUGUCUUUCCUCUGCUACCAAUGUACGCGGACGUACGUGGAUCGCAACGCAGUUCUCGCAGAUACAAGGAAGCUGGAAGGCGAAAAGGCUAGAAUCAGAAAUCCUUGCUCCUCGGACACAAAAGAAAUCGCGCAAUUAGACGUCAUUGAUCGAGGCAGUUGAUUACGGCUUUGUGAAACGUGGACUAAAUCGCGACGGGUGUUAACGUGUUCGCUGGUGAUCUGCAGUGAUCGUGCGAAGAUUAAGGGGUGCAUUCCACAGAUUGAUUGAAUCCGUGUCGCGUUAUCGAUUAUCGUUUCCUGCGGUCGUGGCUCGUCGAAGAAACUGCUGACGAAAACAUGACAUAAAUUAAAAAUUCAAACCAAUACACCAAGCAGCGACGAAAGGCACGGCAGAAAGGCCAUGGAAAACACAGUGCUUAUGAUAUAAGAGUUAGGAAAGCAUCGCAGCCAAAGGCGAGAUGAAAUGAAGCUGCCAAGAUGAAGUGGUAAUAAGAAAAAAGGCAGCGAAGAAAAUCGAUCCACAAGCAACCAAAGGUCUUACGCUCUUUACUCGCGUAUGCACGUGUGUGAGUGUGUUAGUGAGGGAGGUGUUUCUACGUAUUAUAUGCGCGUUUUAUUGUGUUAGUGCGACACGCUCUCGCGCUCUCUCACUACUGGUGAGGCAUUUAACGAGUGCGGAAAACCACGAAGCCAACGAAGAAGAGCGUAUGUUUUGGUGAAGAAGGUCACCAUCGAGUCACGAUUGUGUAUAGUUUUUUCGCGUAUGCCUAGGUCCAAUUCGUCGUCCACUGCACAGCGCUUUGUGCCGGAGUGUGUGUAUCAAUAUUUUAUUUUGCGUUCACCUUAACCACAUGCUCUCUACACAAUAACCCCUUCACGCAAUCGUCCACUGGGGGUUAUUCUAUUUAUUCAGCUGCUUAUGUGCUAGCAAAAGGAAGAAUGGCUUUGAAAAGUUUGUAAAUAACAUCGCAUCGUACUGGCCAGCUCGUAAAAUCGCGUUGCCAAAAAUCGAAAAUUCAACCACCGACAAAUUGCCAAUUCUGUGAGUAAUUGAGGGGGUGUUGUGCAAUCGCAUCAAUCCGACAACAUGAGCGAGAAAACAACAACCGCCAAUGGUUGCAGCAACAACGGUGGUGAUAACAGCAGUGCCAAACAGCAAUCAUCACAGCCACAGGAUGCCACAAGUGGUGGCGGUGGUGGUGCGGGAGAUUCAUGCUCCGGUGGCGGUGGCAGCAACAGUAGAGCUUCCAGCAGCACCUCCACCAGUCUACUGGAGGUCAACGGCAAACCCAAAGGGUUGAACGAUAGUCUGCAGCAGCAGUUCUGUCGGUUUGCGGAUUACUUCGUCAUCUGCGGCCUGGACUUGGCGUCCGGACUCGAGAUGGACCUGUUUGCAGGUGACAGUCUGCAUUGUUCUCCGCUGGACCGAGCCUACAAGAGUAUAGCACUGGCACACUACCCGGAGCACGUGGCGUGGAACCCGUUCGAUGCACAUGGAAUCUGUAUGCUUUCGCUACCGCAGGGCCUACGGUUUCGAACACAGAAACACAACACUGAGCCACGGUUUCACGCGUUCGCCACCACCCGAGAGGACGGCAAACGGUGCUACGGGUUCAGCUUGGUGUUCUACGAGGAAGUUCGCAGCCGGGAUAUCUGCAAUGCCAUGCACACGCUCCAGUCGAUGUUCAUCACGGAGCUAUCCACCUCACAGCAGCCUCCCCCGGGAACGCUACGGCGGGUCAAAGAAAACCCCGUCAGUCGGUCUUUGCCGCGACAGUUCAAGAUAGCCGCACAAGCCCACACGUCUGCACUUAGCUACUACGACAUUACCAAGGAUAAGCUAUUCGUUGCGAAAGCACUUUCGCUCGUUUGUCAGGUGCCGUACGCUCACGUUGCUGAGCUCUUUCUUAGGAAUCUCUACAAGUGUCUUCCCCGCCACCCCGGUGCUCGGCUCAGCCUCGAGAGCUACGUGUACAACAUCCUGUACGAAGUGUCCACUCCUCCACCCGGAAAGUCCAUACGAAUAUACAUACCGCCGGACGAUCCUCAUCUACCUCCCAUAGCAACCAUCCUCCAACGACCUGCCCUCAAGGAUGAACUACCCUUCAUGGAUUUCCCACUAAGACUGUUGUUCACCUACCUAAGCGUAGACUGUGUCAUCCAACUGUUCACCUGUGUACUCCUCGAAAACCAAGUACUCCUCCGAUCUUCAGACUACCAGAAGCUUACCAUCAUAGCAGAGUGCAUCACAUCCCUGCUAUUUCCCUUCCAAUGGCAGCACGUCUACGCACCCAUCCUCCCCGCUUCCCUCCACCACUUCCUGGACGCCCCAGUCCCAUUCGUAAUGGGCCUACAUUCCGAUUCCGACAGCAGCAUCCGCAUCGGAAGCGAAGCCAAUCUCUGCUACGUAGACGUAGACAAAAAAUCGGUCCAACUCCCGGAAGAACUCCCAGCCUUUCCCCAUCGGCACGACUUCAUCGCGGAGAUAACCGCCGUUCUGGACAAGUAUCAAGUACCUCGGGAUCGCUCGCUCGAUCCGCCCUCAAUUCUCAGUCCAAAGAAUCUCCUCAAAGACCACGACAUGAUGACGACCAGCUGCACGCUUCCAUCGGGGAUGCACGUCCGACGGAAGCACUCGCUGCACGACGUACUGGACUGGGACCGACCGAACUCACCGGAUAUCCCCCUUCCGCCGACGGCCGUCCCCGCCCGGCCGGACGUCCGCCAGCGAAUCGUCGAUAUUGUACGGCGUAGCGGGGGCGACGAGGUCGACUCCGGAACCAACGAGGUCAUGCCCAGUGCCAAGCAGAAGCAGCCCCUCAGCACGCUGGAACAGUACUACGAAGAUCUGAGACUGAACAACUCGAUACGGGAGAUCUUUCUGAAUCGGUUCGUGCAGAUGUUUGCCGCGUACGAGCACUUUGUGAUUUUGCCGAACCAGGACCGAGACGACUGGCUGAGCAAUCGUGAAUCUCUACACAACUUCGACAAGGCGUCGUUCCUGUCCGACCAACCACAGCACCAUCGGCCAUUUCUGUCCCAGUUCCUCGAGAGCCAGAUGUUCGUUACGCUGAUCGACAACAAGAUCAUGCUGUCGUGGGGCGACGACGGUUCCCUGCUGGACAGCCUAAACGGUGACGUGGAGUACAAUCUGAAGCUGUUCGACAAUCGCAUCAAAAUUCUAAGGAAACGCUACGGAGGCGAAAGCAUGAUCCGUACGGCCAACUACGAACCGUGCAUUUUGGCCAGGGAAACGCAGAAGCAGUUGGACAAGCGACUGGCCAGCGUGGACAUGGAGGUGGCUCCGCCGAGUGAGAUCCUGGACAAGCGACCGCCGUACUACAGGAGCUUUCCGCUGCUGGAGAAGGGCGUGCUCAAUCAGGAGUGCGCUUCCAGGGGUAGCAGUCUGCGGAGGGUCAAGAACGGUGGUGGUUCCAAGUGGAAGGUGAAGGAAAUAUCCCUGGAAGGCGGGGGCGUUGGCGGAAGUGGAAACAAGGAAAACGAUGGCGGCAACAAGUCCAACCGAAAUUCGGCCAACCUGUCCGGGACGGAGGUCAGCCCGGCGCUGAUGGCGCAAGCCAACUGGGCGUUUGUGGAGAAGCUAUUGAAGGACUGUAAAAGCAAAACCAAACGGAUGCUGCUGGAGAAGAUGGGUACGGAGGCGAUCGAGCUGGGACUCAGUGGAGAGGCCUCGGUGACCGGAGUGGAGGAGAACACGAUGAUCGCUUCGCUGUGCGACCUGAUGGAGAAGGUUUGGUCCCAUGGGGUUGUGAACAAACAGGGAAAGUCGGCUCUGUGGGCUCAUCUGACGGCGUACCUGGACAGCAAGGAUAAAACUCAGGGCAAACAGAUAGGAAGCAACUAUCUAUCACCGGCUAGCUGCACUAGUACCAAAUCUAGCUUAGCAAGCAAUGGUAAACCCACGAAACUUACCAUUAGUCCCAUCAUUGUAACACCCAGCAACAAUAAUUCAAGUAACGGUGGUAGUCCCAAAACUAGCAAUCCCACUAGUAAAACCAAGUUUAACAGUAUAAUUCGACUGAAGCGUACCCUCAAGAAAGCUCCAACGGUCGCGAACCGCAAUGAACCCAUUUCGCUGUCCUCGCCGGAAAUGUCCCCCACCUCGGCUAGUCGGCUGAGUAACUUUGUUCUGCCGAAUAUCAUUGCAAAUUUGGUGGGAAACCGGUAUGUCAGCGUUUCCAGUUCUGGUAGCGUCAACGACCUAUCGGCUCUAGCAAUUGAACCAGAACUUCACUCGUCACCCACCCGAGGUCGCUCCAAGUCUCGGGAUCGCAAAAGCUUGGGGCCUGAGCAGCUACGACCGCUACCUGAAUCUCUGGAAUUCGACAUAAGGAAUAUCCAAGCCAUGACCGACAUCAAAACUCACAUCGGAUAUGCCCGAGCCUGGGUACGGCUGGCCUUGGAGAAGAAACUUCUUUCGCGGCAUCUCCGUUCGCUGCUUACCGAUACUCCACUCCUGCGGCAGCUCUACAAACGGUCGGCCUUCGUCCGAAGUGACGACGAAGUCGAACAGUUCCUCUACCACCUGUUGACGCUGAAUGCGGUGGACUACUUCUGCUUCACCAAUACGUAUCCGACGACGAUUCUGCCGUAUCGGGUUGUGAUAUUCCCUUCGAAGAAGGGUAGUGCUGCUACCACUUCGGCCAAUGUGUGGAUCGCCAUAUCUGGAACGCUGGGCGAAACGCAGCAGAUCAACGUUCCGCGACAUUCGCUGGAAUUUGUGUUUCAUCACAAAACCCUAGGCAUCUUAACGUCGUUACGGAUCGGUCACGACGACACUGGGAUGUCAUCGAAAUGGCUGGUAGAACACGUGGUCAUCAGAAACGAAGUCACCGGACAUACCUACAAAUUCCCCUGCGGUCGUUGGUUAGGUCGAGGCAUCGACGAUGGCUCCAUUGAAAGGCUUCUGAUAGGACAGCUGGUCCCACGGACCGUCGACAGCGAAGAGCUCGUGGAAGCUUGUCGAACUCCACCGCGGACGCGAAGUCCUAGCAUACAGCGACCGGAGGUUCGGCCCUCGGACAUCCAGCACAUGCUCGGCGAUUGCGUGAACGCCAUCGUGAAGUGGCACUAUCGACCUAGUCGCGAGCGGGACGCCAGCUCGCUCACAAAUCUACUCUGCGGCGAAAAUGGCCUCGUCAAAUGCCUCGAGCAGGCGUUCCUCUGCGGCUUCCGCUCGCAGCGUCUGUUCGGGCGAAAUCUCUACCUCUGGGAUUACUUCGUACGGGUUAAGGAGCAGUUCGAGGCCAGUUUGGUGGAAGAAUCUGUGGAUAUGGUUCGCGGAGGAGGAUCUGCUAGUAACUCACCGCCGACUAGUGGAUCGAGUCCGGAGUCUCCACCACAGGCAUCGACCACACCACUUCCACCGGUAGCUAAGCAGGAGCUGUCGGCAGUCUGGCGAUGUUAUUGUCAUCUGAUGGAUGAAAUCAACAAUGUGAAGCAAACUCUCGGGAAGGACGGACGUUUCCAGCUGUUUAUCUGUCUUAGCAUACGGGAACAUCUCCUGCACCGAAUGCUGGUCCCCAUGGCGUACACCCGGGUAACCACCGAAAUGUACGAAGAGCAGAGCUUCCUGCGCAAAAAGGGUCUACUGACAUUCCUGAGGCAAAUACUGGAACCACUGGACGAGUUCCACAUAGUGCUGGAGAACUCGAUCACUCAGGGAAUUGGAUCUCACUGUUGAACCAUCACAAAAAAAACAAAAUAACGUCUGUUGAAAUAAUGGCCGUACCGCCUCAAAAUAAAACGUUUAAGUAAUCCCCCAUACUCUUCGAACAACUGUACGCGAAUUGAUUCGUUGACAACAGAAAUACUCACUAAAGUGUCGAACUCCUCCCGAUGAAACUCAUUUUUUUCUUCUUCGUUAAGGUAACGUUUUGUUUUAGGCUUAAUAGAAAAAAAAACAUAGGUUAACUCAUCACUGAACUGAUACGUAACCGCAACUGAAUAAUCGAAAUCGAUGGCCAAAGAUCAUUAGAGCAAUUUUUUGUUCCUGAGAUGUUAUUCAUAUUAUUUUUUUGAAAAUUGUUUUAUGUUAUACAUUUUUUACAAGUUUUAGUUGGAUUUGUUGAUUUGCUGUAGUUUGUAACAUGUAAGUUUAAUGUUUUUACGUUUCAUUGAAGAAUGUUUGUGCCAAAAUUCAACUGAAUAAGAAAUAGGAAAACCCUAACAACUAGCUUCGAGAUCUUUCAUCAGCGAAGCUAUGAAUAGAGCGGAAAGGAGUGAAUUCUGUAAAAAAAAGUUAGCGUCGUAGUUGAUCAUAUUCUUUUGAAAACUGAAGAACAAAUAUACACAGGGUGGGAAAUCUCAAUGGUUAAAUGUGUGAUAAAAAUUAACGAUUACUAUCGGGAAAAAAAUGCGACAUGCAAUGACAUAAACCAAAUCAUGUAGCUAAUUUUAAGGCUUUUUCAUGCAGCUAGCAUUCACCGAUCAAUUCUCUUAGGCAGCUGUUUCUGAACAGUACUCUCAGUCAAACCGAUAUCGGUAGCAUACGAACAACUCAUUUAAAUAUGUAGAUUGGUUUAUCAAUUUCCAUUUCUGCAGUUUGAAAUUUAUGCCGUCUAUUGAAACAAAAAAAUAUCACAAAGGCCCAACAAAAUCUGCCAGGUCAGUUGGGUUUUAAAGUAUUGGAAAACAAUCAGCUUGAUAGCUUAAUUGGUGAUUACCUUUUGAAUUCCAUACCAUCUCACCGAAGAUGAUGAUGAUGGCUGAUGAAAACUAAUGCAUUCUCUCUAACUUCUUGUGUAUAAUCAUAGUAAGAUUAUUGCAUGUGUUCGUUGUAGCUGAUAGUUGAGAAAUAAUAAUUAAUAGUUUUAGGUUACAGUGGUGGAACUCCAUUUCCAACGAUAUUGUCCAGAAAAGUGAAAGCAGAAAUACUGAAAAUAAAUUAAUUUCCAUCCAGUA